AUGAAAGGACUGUUUGUUUGGUAUUAUGCGAGUGCCAAUGUGCUUCGAAGGGAGUUUAAACAUGGCGGUCUCGUUUUAGAUUGUUGCUUUCAUGAUGAUACAUCUGUUUUCAGUGCCCGUGGUGAUUCCACUGUUCGACGUAAGACACAUGGAAUGGGAGUUGCGCGCAAGUUGAAGUCCUACCGCAGAAGGCAAAGGUGGGCUGACAAGUCAUACAAGAAGUCACAUCUUGGAAAUGAGUGCAAGAAGCCAUUUGUUGGCUCUUCCCAUGCUAAGGGCAUUGUUUUGGAAAAGAUUUGUUUAAGAUGGAAAUGUGAGUGUUGGAAUGUGGGUGGAAAAUUUCAACUGCACAAAACCAGUGGAAUACGUUCAAAGCCUCAAGUUCUGUCAGUUUGGAUGUAUAGAAGAUUAUUACACUGCUCAUUACUAAUCUCCGAAACAGAUGAUCUGUCUAUGAGCAAGUUGCAACAGCUAGGCCGCCCAGUUUGCUGUAACAUAAGAUGAUAGUGAUUUACAGGGAAGCCGGCUGCCCUGUUUGCUGAUCGUCGAAUAGAUGGCAAAUUUUUGAAGCCAAAUAUCAGUUUCCCCUUUUGGAUUAUUUUGACAUUGUUAAAUUGCUGGUUGCAUAGUGUUUUUUCUUUCUUUUUUUUUUUUUUUUUUUUUGUUAGAUUAGUAUCUAAUACUCUCUCCUUAUACUUUCUUAUCAGGUAUUACGAGGUGGGUGAAUAGCGUCCUGGAAGCUCAUCGUGGACUAUAGAUUAACUGAGGGUGAUUUUUGUCCGUGAAAGACCUUGAGUGUCUUCUGAAAUAUUUUCCAGCCCUUUGCUUCAGGAUCUCUUUCGACAUACCUUCAGCAAUUGGAGUACUUAAAAUGGGACUUGCUCCUGAAUGUUCACUUAAAAUUUUCUUUGAGGUUGUCAUUCUUGUAGAUUUAUGCAGUUGUGCUUAGCUCACAUCACCGCUCGUUAGCUUCUACGUACCUAGCACAGCUUCCCAUCAAAGAACAACCUGUUCUAGUGAGUUGUAAACUUGUAACUUGUGCGCAAGUCUCCUUUUACAUAUGUUGUAUUCAUAUUAUUGUACACUGGUUUUCUUACUUUGACUUCCAUGUCUAUCAAUUUUCUUCAUAUUUUUACAAUUUAUUUAAACACACAUUUGUUGUUUAUUGUAUAAUAUACCCUGGUGGCUUGGUUGUUGCUGUUUA